GGGGACGUCAACGAUGGACUACCGUCUUUAGAUAAGAUUAAAAAGUAUUUAUUCGAUCAAAAGCCAGCUCACACGCUGUUCUUGACGUUAAAUAUCGAUAAAUUAUACAACAAGGAAUGUCCGGUUUUGACGAAAAUCCCUUUGGGGAACCAGCUUUAAAUGACCCAUUUUCGGACCCUGCGGUAAGAAAAGCUGCGAGCUCGACACCUGCAAGUAGAGGUAUCGAAGACUACAAUCCUUUCGCCGAGCAAGGAUCGCAAGGGGCAACGCAGGCUAGAGGAGCUUCCAAUCCGCCGAUAUAUGGUGGCGUAGGAGCUACUCAACAGCCAGCGACUCUUCAGCCCACAAAUCAAGAGAUCCCGCCACCCAAUUAUGCACGGAGUGCACAGCAAACAGUUACUCCUGUGCCUCUGCUCACGUCACCCCCCUCGCGUCAACAAGAAGAGGAAUGGAAGGCCAGAAGGGAUGAGGAGAUGAGAAACACACCUUAUUACGCAAGAAGAAAUAAUUGGCCCCCGUUACCGGAGAAGUGUUGUUUUCAGCCGUGCGUUUAUCAGGACAUUGAUGUGGACAUUCCUUCCGACUUUCAAAAGAUAGUCAGACAACUUUACUACCUUUGGAUGUUUCACGGUUGUGUGAUGUUGAUGAACGUCGUCGGUGGAUUCGCUUUGGUACUACACAGCGGGAAUUUUUCAGUGUUCGGUCUCGGCAUACUCUACCUUCUCUUGUUCACCCCGUUUUCAUUUCUCUGUUGGUACAGGCCAGCGUACAAAGCUUUCAGGAGUGACAGUUCCUUCAAUUUCAUGGUUUUCUUCUUCGUUUUCUUUUUCCAAUUCAUCGUGACCGUCAUCCAAGCCAUCGGAAUACCCGGAUCAGGCACUUGCGGCAUAAUAACAGCCAUCACAGUGUUCGACCGUUCAGGAGCAGGAGUAUUCGUCGGUAUCCUGUUACUCAUUAUUGCUAUUGGUUACGGUGUAGCGGCAGGGGGAGACCUACUUCUGUUGUCGAAGAUCCAUCGCAUCUAUCGCAGUACAGGAGCGAGCGUGGCGAAGGCGCAGGAAGAGUUUACAUCGACUUUCCUUCGAAACGAACACGUUCAAAAUGCUGCUGGUAACGUUGCUGCGAGUGCCGUACGUGCACAGAUGGCUAACGCUAAUCAGCCACGAUACUAAUUCGACAAUCGAUCGAUCAAUCUAUUCAUCAGGUAACGUUGUAUCUUCUCUUAUCGUCAAUUCGAGCUCCUAGGCUUUUGAACAUAGAUAAACAAUUACUCGUUAUCAAAGAUAGGAGAUUCUAGAACAGCACAUGUGUAAAUCGACACAUUAUUUUUGCAGUCUUAUUCAUCUUAAACUUUGCCGAUCAGUUAUUACGAGUGAAAGAUUUUGAGUUCAGCGUAUGGAGAGACUCAAUAUGGCAGUUGCGGCGUGAAACUCUUGCGUUUGAUUCUGUCCCACAGUUUUCGGAUAUCAAUUAACGUAGGUAAAACAUGAUCAAUGUUAUGACAAACAUAUCGACGAAGCGAUCGAACUUGUGUCGUCGUAAGAAGUGAGAGGUUAGGUUUAAAUCGGUAUACUCGUUAACGAAUUUAUCAUUUCGAUAAAACAACUAGAUUUAAUUCCGCUUAAUUAAUGUAUCAAGCUUUAUGUAUUAAAAUAACUCUUUAUAAAUGAUAGGAAAAAGUUCAAGCUUACAUUGAUCUUGCUUUAUAUCGAUAUUCGCAUGUUGAGGGGAUUAAAAAAAUUUGUUGCGGAAUGAUAUAGGUGAAGUAUUUGUCAAUUUGCCAUAUUGAACCAUGUACAUACAUACAUACGGAAAAGAAUAAUCCUCUAAAUAUAAGUAAAAUAAUAAUCAUUUUACUUUUAUUUAAGUUAUUACUAUCGACACAGGCUGUACUUUAAUCAAACUUAAAAGACUUUUCAAUGAAUUAACAAUUUAUUUAAAAAUA